AUGUACAUCGUGUUUCGAUAUCUUCUCAUCACAGGGGAUGCAGAGAUCCAGGUCUGGCCUGACCUACGCGAAGCCCACGACGCCACCUGCAACAAGGGCGUUGCGCGUGCAGAUUUAGCGGCAAAGUUUCCUCAUCUCGACUUGUCGGGGUGUCCAGAGCGCUGGGAUUUUCCGUCUCAUACCCCUGGUGAUGCGACGGUGCGUGCCGAGAGGGUUCGGCAGAGGGUGAGUGAGAUUGCCAAGGCGGGGAAAUACAAGGAUAUUGUGCUGGUAACGCAUCGGGGCUUUGCUGCGUUUAUGGUCCAGGGUGACAGGUUUAGUGUUUGUGGUGAGAAAACAUUCAUUAACUACUGUUGA